AGGUAUGGUGUGAACAUGCGUUGCUUGGCAGCUCGUGUCAACUAUAAGACGCUCAUCUUCAUUUGCUCUCUCUUCACGUUGGUGACGGUCUUACUGUGGAACAAAUGCAAUGACCAUCAGUCUACCUUACCAUGGGGGCCACAGUCGGGCCUGCGAGCGGACAGUCUAGAGAAGCGAGCAGCGGCUUCGGAAAGCAACCCCGUCAAUGGCCAGCCCAGAUCUGAGGAGGCCUCCCCCCAGGAACAGCAGAAGGCUCCACCUCUGGUGGGCAGCAAAGGCACGGGCCCCAAGUAUGAGGAGAUAGACUGUGUGAUCAAUGAAGAUCAAACCAUUAGGUGCCGAAGAGAGGGCAGUGAGGUGUACAUGCCCUUCUCGUGGAUGGAGAAAUAUUUUGAGAUAUAUGGAAAGAUCGCCCAGUACGACGGAUUUGAGCGAUUUGAGUUUUCUCACAGUUACUCCAAAGUAUAUGCACAACGAGGCCCCUACCACCCUGAUGGGGUCUUCAUGUCAUUUGAGGGGUAUAAUGUCGAAGUCCGAGAUCGAGUGAAGUGCAUCAGUGGCGUAGAAGGGGUUCCCUUGUCUACUCAGUGGGGUCCGCAGGGAUAUUUCUACCCCAUCCAGAUCGCCCAGUACGGACUAAGUCACUACAGCAAGAACUUGACAGAGAAGCCCCCCCCAUGUGGAGAUGUAUGAGAAGGCAGAUGAGGAGGAAGGGGUGCUUGGUACAUGGACCGUGCCUAAAGGAGCCUCUGUGACCACCACCUAUGACAAGGCAAAGGGGAGUCACGUCAGGCAUUUUGUGGUUCCAGAAAAUUCAGAGGGAGCAUCAUUAACUUUGGGUAACACCAGAGACUUCAUUUUGUCCCUUGACUUGAAGUUCUUGACUAAUGGCAGCAUUUCUGUGGUGCUGGAGACCACUGAGAAGAACCAGCUGUUCACCAUACACUACGUGACCAAUACACAGCUCAUUGCUUUCCAUAACCACGAUGUUUAUUAUGGGGUGGGACCGCGGACAGCCUGGAGCACGUUGACUCGUGAUUUGUUGACAGACUUGAAGAAGGGAGUAGGACUGUCCAAUACCAAGGCCGUGCGUCAAACGAAGAUCAUGCCGAAGAAGGUUGUCCGCCUUGUGGUGAAGGGCAGCGGUUUCCUGGAUAACGCCACCAUCUCCACCACUGCCCACACAGCUGCUUUCUUUGCCGCCAGCGAUUGGCUGGUGAGGAAUCAGGACACCAAAGGUGGCUGGCCA